GGAUGAAGCGCCGAUGACUCACAAGUAUUGCUUUGAGGCUCUUGACAAGACACUAAGAGAUAUAUGUCCAGCAGUAAAUCCGAAGAAUGAAGAGCUGCCCUUUGGUGGAAAAAUUGUUGUUCUUGGAGGAGAUUUUAGACAGACACUCCCAGUAAUCCCUAAAGGGACACGUGAAGAAAUUGUCAUGUCGGCAAUAAAUUCAUCAUACUUAUGGGAUUGUGUUCAAGUCAUGCACCUCACAAUAAAUAUGACGUUAAUGCAACACACCAACAUAAUAGACAAGGAAGAAAUUGAACGAUUUGCUAAGUGGAUAUUACAGAUUGGCGAGGGCACUAUCGACUUGCAAAACAAUCUAUCAAAUUUCGACUACUUGGAAGAGAGGGCGAUCUUGGCACCAACUUUGGAUAUAGUAGAGGGCAUAAACAAUUACAUCCUUUCGAUGCUACCAGGACAAGAAGUAAAAUAUUUCAGUUAUGAUAGCAUUUGUCCUACUGCUGCAAGUAGUUCUGGAGAGGAUGACAUAUAUCCUCAAGAAUAUUUAAAUAGUAUUUCAAUAUCUGGAUUGCCAAAUCAAGUGCUUAGCCUCAAAAUCGGUGUCCCUGUAAUAUUAUUGUGCAACAUUGAUCAAUCUGCAGGUUUAUGUAACGGAACAUGAGCAGUGAUAACAAAACUGGGUAAACGUGUUUUGGAAGACAAAGUCCUCACCGGGCCAAGCAAAGGGAAUAAAAUUUUAAUCCUAAGGAUGAAUUUAUGCCCAACAGAUACAACAUUGCACAUAAAACUUCAGAGGAAACAAUUCCCCGUUUUAGUAUGUUUUGCGAUGAGCAUCAACAAAAGGCAAGGCCAAACAUUAGCACAUGUUGGACUUUACUUGGAAAAAAAGGUAUUCACUCAUGGGCAGCUAUAUGUGGCCGUUUCAAGAGUCAAGAGCAGAAAUGGGUUGAAAAUUUU